GUCCGGCUGGGGCUCCCCUGGGGGCUGGGCUAGCAUAUUCUGGUGGACAGUUCGGCAAACCCCGCCUCCUCCAUCUCAGGCCAUAAAUUCCGGUGCUGGGGCUCCACCGGCCGCCCUUUCUCAGCAGUGCACCUGCGGAGUCGCGGCAUCCUAGGAGCCUCAAGAUGGUUCGUGCUAAGAGAUGGACCCUGAAGACACACUUCCAUGGUUUCCCGAAGAAUAGUGACUUUGAGUUGAAGACAGUUGACCUCCCACCCCUAAACAAUGGAGAGGUCCUGCUUGAAGCUUUGUUCCUCUCCGUGGAUCCUUACAUGAGAUUGGCAUCCAGAAGAUUGAAAGAAGGUGACACAAUGUUGGGAGAGCAAGUGGCCAGAGUUGUGGAAAGCAAAAACCCAGCAUUUCCAGUAGGAACUGUUGUCCUGGCUCAUUCUGGUUGGGCAACCCAUUCCAUCUCUGAUGGACAAGCUUUGCAAAAGGUGCUUGCAGAGUGGCCAGAUUCCUUAUCACUGUCUUUGGCCCUGGGGACAGUUGGCAUGCCAGGCCUUACUGCCUACUUUGGUCUCCUAAACAUUUGUGAUGUGAAAAGUGGAGAAACGGUGUUGGUGAACGCAGCGGCCGGAGCCGUGGGUGCUGUUGUGGGACAGAUCGCUAAGCUCAAGGGCUGCAGAGUUGUGGGAUCAGCAGGGUCUGAUGAAAAGGUUGAGUACCUUAAGAAGAUCGGAUUUGAUUUUGCCUUUAACUACAAGACAGUGACGUCCUUGGAAGAAACUUUGAAGAAAGCUGCUCCUGAUGGUUAUGAUUGCUAUUUUGAUAAUGUAGGUGGAGAGUUUACAAAUACUGUUAUCAAACAGAUGAAGAAAUUUGGAAGAGUUGCAAUGUGUGGGGCUAUCUCCAUGUAUAACAGUACUGGCCAGCUUCCCCCAGGCCCAUCCCCAGAGCAUAUGAUCUAUGGAGAAAUCCGCAUUGAAGCGUUUCUUUGCACCCGUUGGCAAGGAGAAGUUAAGCAGAAGGCUCUGAAGGAGCUGCUGAAAUGGGUGUUAGAGGGUAAAAUCCAGUAUCAUGAAUACGUCAUUGAGGGAUUCGAUAACAUGCCUGCUGCAUUUAUGGGGAUGCUGAAAGGAGACAACGUGGGGAAAGCAAUAGUGAAAAUGUAAAAGAACAUGACAUGUGAAAUCAUUGCAGGAUCCAGAUUACUUAAUUUUUUCUGUCAAUUAGUAAAAAUGCAUACUGCCUUAAUUAUCCAAAAAAUAACAAUUGCAAUGAGUUUGAUAUUAACAAACACAUUUAAAUGGAUGCAAGGGAAGGGUGAAUAGUCUUGCAGUGAAGAUGCCUGUGCCCCAGUGCAGAGCGUUGAGGUUGGACACCUGGUUACAGCUCCUGCCUCCUCACUCCUGCUAAUGUACAACCUGGGAUCAGGCAGUGCAUGCCUCAGGAAAUUGAGUUUCUGUCACCCCGCCAACCUGGACCACUGCAGGCAUUGGCAAGUGAAUCAGUGGAUGCGAUUUCUCUCUCUUUCUCUCUUUCUGUUUCUCAAUAAAUGAAUAAAAUUUCAACAAACAACCAAA